UCCCGCUCCGCCGCCGCGGGCUGCUGCGGGACCCCGGAGCCGCGCGCCAAGGACGCGUUGCGGCCGCCGGCCAGCCGGCCGGGCUCCAGGUCCCAGCUCGGUGAUUCCCGAGCCCCGCGCGCCCUGGCCACCCCGUCCCGGGGCUUUCCUGCGGUGCCGAGAAAAGGGAAUCGGGCAGCCGCCCAGCCUCGCCUGCCCCCGGCGCUCAGCCCCGACGGGGCCGCGGGCGGCGCGGCGCGAGCGCCCACGGAGCCAUGAGAGAGUACAAAGUGGUGGUGCUGGGCUCGGGCGGCGUGGGCAAGUCGGCGCUCACCGUGCAGUUCGUGACGGGCUCCUUCAUCGAGAAGUACGACCCCACCAUCGAGGACUUUUACCGCAAGGAGAUCGAGGUGGACUCCUCGCCGUCGGUGCUGGAGAUCCUGGACACGGCGGGCACGGAGCAGUUCGCGUCCAUGCGGGACCUGUACAUCAAGAACGGCCAGGGCUUCAUCCUCGUCUACAGCCUGGUCAACCAGCAGAGCUUCCAGGACAUCAAGCCCAUGCGGGACCAGAUCAUCCGCGUGAAGCGGUACGAGCGCGUGCCCAUGAUCCUGGUGGGCAACAAGGUGGACCUGGAGGGCGAGCGCGAGGUCUCGUACGGCGAGGGCAAGGCCCUGGCCGAGGAGUGGAGCUGCCCCUUCAUGGAGACGUCGGCCAAAAACAAAGCCUCGGUCGACGAGCUCUUCGCCGAGAUCGUGCGGCAGAUGAACUACGCGGCGCAGCCCAACGGCGACGAGGGCUGCUGCUCGGCCUGCGUGAUCCUCUGAGGCGCCCGCGCGCCGCGCCGCACAAAAGCCGCCCGCGCCGGGUGAUUGCUCGGCUCGGCUUGGAGGCUGGAGACGACUUUGCGUUGGGCCCGGGGCCCGGCCGGCUGGCCUCCGAGGCCGGCCUUUGCCGCCGCCGCCUCCCCGGGUUCGAGAGGUGCCCGGUUCUGAGCAAACGAGACCCUGGUGGAAAUGGAGCUCUUUGCAGCAUGUACGUUUCUCAUUGAUUUUUGUUUGACGCCGAUCUCCCCCGUUUCAAUCGCCCUUGGGGCGCAGUGUAUUGGCAGCUUGACACCCGGCAAGCAAAAGUUUCAGCCCGGAAGAAAAAUGGGGGUGGGGCAGAGGAAGGGGAGACAGGGGGACAGCUCGCUCCCUCUCUCUCUCCCUUUUUUUCUUUUCCUGUUAACCACCGUCUUCUUAAUUCCAACUUUUAAAGACGUGGAAGGAAGUCCGGGAGAACCCUAUGAAGGAGCAGGAGGAGAGGAAGAAACUGGUUGUUUUUCCCUGUUUUCCAAGGAAGAGCUGGAAAUGAAGACCGGGUUCCUUUUCUGCCAGCUUGGAAGGGCCGCCCUGUGACUGAUUGUGAUUCUGAGGAUGUCUAUGCAAAGUUGGAUUCUUGUUAUAGUGUAUCCAAUCUGAAGUGUUGCACAUCUGAACUGGGACUGUUAACACGGAUGCCAAUACAGUGUGGGGUGCCAGAAAGUGUCUGCUGAUAUUUGUGGGGGGGAAAAAUCUAUUUUGUUUACCUACUGUAUCAAAGGGGAAUCUGGGGGAGAAUGGUAGUAUUUUUUUUUUAUCAGCUGUGAAAAAUGUUACAGAUCUGCACAUUUGGUGUACUAAUGUGUGUGUGUGUGCGUGUGCGUGCGUGCGCGCUUUUAUGUUUUUGAGUUUUUGUUUUGUGUUUUCGGUCCGCAGUAACGGAUUUUGAUGACUAGAUCUUUGAAACGCAGUACAAAGACUUCCUAAAUGUGAUUCAGGGCCCCCAGCACCCCUGUGUCUGCAGAGUGCCUUCAAAACUCAGCUGUUCCAGCCGGUGCCAACCUGUGAACUUCCCAGUAUCUGCUAUUCUCCAAACCACUUCCCAGUUUCCUUUCAGUGAUCUUCCUGAGCAAGCCAGGACAAUAGGGCCUGUUGUUUGUGACUUUCUUUAUUUCCAGCCUUUAAAAUGUAAUUUUCAUGCCUUGCAAACAUUUUUUGUGAGUGUGCUUCAUUUUGUUCCAAUGUUCAGGUAUGAGCGCCCUGUUUUGUAUUAUUUUAUAUUUUGUUAUUUUGUUUUUGUUCUUUUUUGAUUUUUCGGUUCCAAAGUGUUCCUCCAGAAGCAAAGAGCAAAGUUUACCGUUGUCAUGUACCAAGAGGAUUUUAACUAAUUGUAAUCUUUAAUUCCAGACGUGCGUUUAUUGUUGUCUCUUCAUUUUAAGACUUUUAAUACAAAUGUCAUUUUUAAGAAACAAACCCAGAACUAUUGUUUGUGUUUCUGUGUUUUCGUAUUCAGUGACUUAAUAUAUAUAGUACCGGGGCUGAAGUAGACAGGGGCAGGUAUAUGUAUUUAUAUGUCUAUCCUCAAGAGGUGCCAGAUUGUGAGACAAAAGUAGUCAACUAGCGAGUUGGGUGACAACGGACUGGACUCCUAAAAUGUGGAGAAAAUCCUAAAGCCUUGUGGGAGGGCCUUAGCAAACGACAAGAGGAAUAGGUAGCGUGAUCUUUGCUGAUGUGGAAGAGCUUGUCUCACUGAAGGUAGUAGAAAGAGCUACUGCCAUGUAAUGGCUGAUGUCCAGAAUAUUGACCAGUUACCUGACUGGGAACUCAAUAACUUAUUUUUCUUAAUUUUUAAAAUUAUGUCAUGCAACAGACAAAAACACGAUGGGGAAGAUAGUUUCCAAUUUACAAAUGAGGUCCUAUCUUGUGCAGUACAUGUGUAUGAGUUGUAGGCUGUCUCAAUGGAAAGAGAUUCCUAUGUUUAAAAAACACACAGAAAAAACCAGUAGACUUCAGAUCAUUAUCUUGCUAUUAACUAAAUUCUGUGCAUUUUUUAGCAUAUUUGACCUCUUAAGUUUUUUUCCUUCUGACAGUAGGAGGCAGUGCUAGCUUUUUUAAUUUUUCUUAAAGAGGGCUUUAAUCCGUAAUAACCACCUCUGUAGAAGUGUCUGAAUAUUUUAUAUAUGUGUGUACAAGGAUGCUUCAAAAAGUUUGUGGAAAAUGUAGUUCAAAGAUAAUGGAAUUUUCCCACUAACUUUCUUGAAGAACCCUGGUAUCUGAGAAGCACUUAUACCUUUUUUUUUUAAUCUAUAAAGUGGAGCUUUAUGUCUUUUGAAGGGUCUUCUGACAAAAGGACGUAUUCCAUCGUGAUAAAACCCAAAGAAAAGAAAUUACAGGUCACUGCUUUCCUUUAAGCUGUAUGAUCAUACCUUGCCUUAAAGCAUUACGUUCGUUGCUGGGUGUUUUGAACAUAAGGAGGAAUUUAGAAUUUUGCCUGAGAGUGUUCUACUUGACCCAUUCUUGCGCUGACUUAGUGUCAUAUCAAAUGCGGUUGGAAAGCAGUAUUAUACAGACUUCUAAAUGUGGAAAUGGCUCAAAUGUAUCCUUUGUGGAGUUCAUUCUUGUAUUUAAGUAAAUGUAGUUGCUUAAGUAAAUCUGAAGUUUUGAAAUUUCUGCAAUCUUGGACCAAGUACUCUUUGAAGGACUUUUUUAAAAAGGCAUUUGGUGGCUUUCUUCAGUCUUUUGGGAAGCCUUUUGGCAUAAAAUGCUGCCAAGUAGCUAAUUUAAGAAAUGUAUAUACUCUCGAUGGAAUGUUUGCAAAUGGAAAAUUGGAAAUGAAAUAGGUUGCUGGAUGCAUUAAUCACUUUCACACAGAAUUUAGUUGCUUGCAUGACUAAAUUCUGUAUAGAUUGGGUUAGCAGAGCAGAAGAUUUUAAUAUGCUUUUACUGAGUACUGUGAAAUAAAUUCUUUCUGGAUUCUCAA